UCUGCCCAUGGAUGCCGCCGAAGAAGCAUCGUUAAAGUCUCUCUUCACCCUGCCGUCAUGUCUAAAUCAGAGUCUCCUAAAGAACCCAGACAGCUGAGGAAGCUCUUCAUUGGAGGGUUGAGCUUUGAAACAACCGAUGAGAGCCUGAGGAGCCAUUUUGAGCAAUGGGGAACGCUCACGGACUGUGUGGUAAUGAGAGAUCCAAACACCAAGUGCUCCAGGGGCUUUGGGUUUGUCACAUAUGCCACUGUGGAGGAGGUGGAUGCAGCUACGAAUGCAAGGCCACACAAGGUGGAUGGAAGAGUUGUGGAACCAAAGAGAGCUGUCUCGAGAGAAGAUUCUCAAAGACCAGGUGCCCACUUAACUAAAUACCAUGCUAUGAAUGGCCACAACUGUGAAGUUAGGAAAGCCCUGUCAAAGCAAGAGAUGGCUAGUGCUUCAUCCAGCCAAAGAGGUCGAAGUAGUUCUGGAAACUUUGGUGGUGGUCGUGGAGGUGGUUUCGGUGGGAAUGACAACUUUGGUCGUGGAGGAAACUUCAGUGGUCGUGGUGGCUUUGGUGGCAGCCAUGGUGAUUGUGGAUAUGGUGGCAGUGGGGAUGGCUAUAAUGGAUUUGGUAAUGAUGGAAGCAGUUUUGGAGGUGGUGGAAGCUACAAUGAUUUUGGCAAUUACAACAAUCAGUCUUCAAAUUUUGGACCCACGAUGGGAGGAAAUUUUGGAGGCAGAAGCUCUGGCCCUUACGGCGGUAGAGGCCAAUACUUUGCAAAACCACGAAACCAAGGUGGCUAUGGCAGUUCCAGCAGCAGCAGUAGCUAUGGCAGUGGCAGAAGAUUUUAAUUAGCAAACAAAGCUUAGCAGGAGAGGAGAGCCAGAGAAGUGACAGGGAAGCUACAGGUUACAACAGAUUUGUUAACUCAGCCAAGCACAGUGGUGGCAGGGCCUAGCUGCUACAAAGAAGACAUGUUUUAGACAAAUACUCAUGUGUAUGGGCAAAAAACUCGAGGACUGUAUUUGUGACUAAUUCUAUAACAGGUUAUUUUAGUUUCUGUUCUGUGGAAAGUGUAAAGCAUUCCAACAAAGGGUUUUAAUGUUGAUUUUUUUUUUUGCACCCAUGCUGUUGAUUGCUAAAUGUAAUAGUCUGAUCGUGAUGCUGAAUAAAUGUCUUUUUUUUUUAAUGUGCUGUGCAAAGUUAGUCUACUCUGAAGCCAUCUUGGUAAAUUUCCCCAACAGUGUGAAGUUAGAAUUCCUUCAGGGUGAUGCCACAUUCUAUUCGGAAUUUAUUUACAACCUGCUUGGGUGGAGAAGCCAUUGUCUUCGGAAACCUUGGUGUAGUUGAACUGAUAGUUACUGGUGUGACCUGAAGUUCCCCAUUAAAAGGGAUUACCCAAGCAAAAUCAUGGAAUUAUUGGUUAUAAAAGUGAUUAUUGGCACAUCUUAUGCAAUGUAUCUAAAUUGAAUAAUGGUACCAGAUAAAAUUAUAGAUGGGAAUGAAGCUUGUGUAUCAUCCAUUAUCAUGUGUAAUCAAUAAACGAUUUAAUUCUC